AUGGGCGACGCUUCAGUUUUCAAAUACCCUUCCCCUCUGACUGGGUACGAAGAUGCUCCACCAAUGCCAAGCGAGAUGGCGGCGGAUGGGAAGAGCUAUGUCAACCCACCUUCGGAAAAGCGCAGCGACGCGUAUGAUCAGUUUAUAGAACCGCUGGAUCGAAGUGAGCGUGGUGGUUUUGAUGUUCACAUCUACUAUCUUCAAUCAAACGAAGAACAGACAAAAUAUGCCAAAGAGCUCUGGGAACGUAUUAGGCGAGAAUUCCCUGAGCUACGAGUCUACAAAGUCUGGGAUAAACCCAUUGGACCCCAUCCCAUCGCCAUGUUCGAGGUGAAUCUGUUUACACCAGCGCAAUUCGGGGCAUUUAUACCAUGGUUGAAUGUCUGGAGAGGUCCCCUCUCUGCCCUUGUCCAUCCCAAUACUAUCCCUGAAGAAGGCGUCAACAAGUGGGCUUCGAUGAAGAGGGACCAUCUGGAGAGAGCUAUCUGGAUGGGUGAGAGAAUUCCUCUGGAUCUGAGUCUUUUCAACCGAACCUCGUGA